AUGGGAGACCGCACUCUGUUCAUACCUCCCCAUGUGGGAGACAACGUUUUGCCAAAUCUGCCCUUCUUCCACAGACUAUUGCGUUAUGCGCAGCGUAAGCCUUCCCCCAUCGUGGUUCGGGACUUAGUUGCCGGCAUGGAAAAGACAUACCAUCACCUUAUCUCGGAUGUGUUGGCCUUUCGCAAGACCUUGGAAAAAUCGCUCAGCAAGGAAGCUCGACAUGAUUUGAUUGCAGACAAGGAGGUAUACAUUGGGUUGCUUGCACCGGGAGGGUAUGAAUACACCGUCGGUUUUAUUGCAAUCCUCGCGAUCGGUGCAGCAGUCGUGCCUAUGGCUGCCAUAUUGCCAGCAGAAGAAGCCUCAUACUUCUUAUCGAAAGCGCAGUGUGUGGCCCUGGUAGCCGGCACAACCAGCGAAAAGACCGCCCAGUCCAUAGCGCGCUAUAUGGAAGAAAGCAAAGGGGUGCAUAUCCCAUGCAUAUCCCCAAUUGCAUCUCAUCUCCGCCCCACGCUUUUGCCGUCAGAUCAAGCGACCAUCUCCUCCGGCCCGGUUCCAGAUAUGAACGCUGCAGCACUGGUAAUCUUCACUUCAGGCACGACAGGGCCCCCAAGGGUGCUGUGCAGCGUCGCAGUUAUAUAUCCGGGAACGGAGAGGCGGAUGCAGAGUUUUACCAAAUCACAGACAAGGACACAGUUCUUCAUGUCCUCCCGGUGCAUCACGCCUCUGGUCGUGGACAUGGGAGCGCUGGCGACAGGGGGUCUUACCUUUUUCUCUGGAGUUCCCACUAUAUACAUGCGUAUGAUGCGGUACUAUGAAGAAAAUAUCGCACACCAAACUCCUGAGAUACGUGACCAGUAUAUUUCUGGUGCGCGUCAGAUAAGAGCGAUGCUGUGUGGUACUUCAGCACUUCCAGGGCCUGUACAGGAGUUCUGGCAUCAAAUUAGGAACAAGCCAAUCCUCACUCGAUAUGGUGCGACAGAGUUUGGGGCCGUCAUCAAGACUGAACUUGAUUCUGACGGAACACCGCAGAACAGUGUUGGUCGUGUUGCUGAGGCGGUCUCGCUCAAGCUUACGGAUGAGGGCCAGAUAUUAGUGAAGUGUCCUUACAUGUUUUCCAAGUAUCUCUUCGAUGAGAAAGCAACGGCGGAUGCACACGAUUCCGAGGGGUACUUCAAAACGGGAGACAUUGCUCGCCGCGAAGGAAAGUAUUAUUUCAUCCUGGGGCGUGCCUCGAUCGAUAUCAUUAAGUCAGGUGGUUACAAGAUAUCCGCAUUGGAUAUCGAACGCGAGAUCCUAGGUCUGGACUAUGCCUCGGAGGUCAUGGUUGUGGGCGUUGAAGACGAGGAGUUUGGUCAACGAGUUGCUGCUACUGUUAGCCUCAAACAAGGUCAAAAGAUAACACGUAAGAGCCUCACACUCGCUGAGCUUCGUGAGGACCUGCGGAGUAGAAUGGCUGGGUACAAGAUGCCGACUAUCCUUCGUGUGGUCCAAGGUGAGUUGCCCAAGUCGGGUACAGGAAAGGUGCAGAAGAAGAUCUUGGGGCCGCAGUUCUUUCCUCCCAACUAUCGAGAGCUGCCUGAGGUGCAAGUCUGGAGCAAAGAGAACACAGCCAAGUUAUAA